CUUUCCACAUCCUCACUCCUCUCGCCGACUCGCCUACCAACCACGCUACGCUCGCCCGCUUCGAUACAACGGAGAAACUCCACGACGAAGAGCGAUCACAGAACACUUCAAUGGCGCCCGCAGCCUCGAAGCAAGAACUUCCGCCAUGGGGCAUGGCUCUCGCCGGCUCCGGAGGUGCCCUCGUUGCGAACGCCCUGGUCUACCCGCUCGACAUUGUCAAGACUCGGCUGCAAGUACAAGUCAAGAGAAAUGCGAAGGACACAUACGCAGAGGCUCCUGGCCACGUACAUUACGACGGAACGAUGCAUGCUAUCCAGCAUAUUAUCCAAGAGGAGGGUAUAUCGGGUCUGUUUACCGGCAUCUCGGGAAGUCUUCUCGGAGUGGUGAGCACCAACUUCGCAUACUUCUACUGGUACGGAAUGGUGCGCGCAAUAUACGCGAAGCGUAUCUCCAAGAAUGGUGAGCCGGCUGGUACGGCGGCCGAGCUGGCCAUGGGAGCUGUGGCAGGAGCUGUCGCGCAGAUGUUCACAAUUCCUAUCGCGGUGGUCACUACCCGACAACAAACACAAGUGAAGGGCCAGAAGAAGGGCAUGCUUGCAACAGCCAAGGAGAUCAUUGAUAGCCCAGAAGGUGUUCCGGGUCUGUGGAGAGGUCUCAAGGCCAGCAUGGUGUUGGUCGUCAACCCAGCCAUCACAUAUGGAGCUUACGAGCGACUACGGAAUCUCUUAUUCCCUGGCAAGGUUCAGCUUGCCGCUCAUGAGGCUUUCCUCCUCGGCUCCCUCUCCAAGAUGAUGGCAACAGUAGCCACCCAACCCUUGAUCGUCGCCAAGGUGGCUCUGCAAUCCACACCACCACCAGCCCGUGCCGGCAAGCCCUUCAAGUCAUUUCCCGAAGUCAUGCGCUACAUCGUCGAGCGCGAGGGUCUGCUCGGUCUGUACAAGGGCAUUGCACCGCAAUUGCUCAAGGGUUUCCUCGUCCAGGGAAUCCUGAUGAUGACCAAGGAACGUGUGGAGCUACUUUUCGUGCUGCUAUUCAGAUAUGUGCGCAAGAUCCGAAAGGAGCAAUUGGAGAAGUUGGCGAAGAUCGCGGCGGAGAAGGUUGAUCAGGCGAAGGGUCAGCUCAAGCCUGUGGUGGAGCAGGUCAAGGAGCAAGUGAAGGCUUAGAGGUGGGUGCUGGAACGAUGUUUUGAUGGGAGGAUUUUUUGAGAUUCGAGAGAAGAAUGGAAAGACAUCAGUCAUGUCUUUGGUCAAGG